UCUAGUCUAUGAUUUUGCCGCUUGGUUUCGUUGAUUCAACCGACGCCAUUAUUAAACUCUUCCUUUCCAAUAUUUCACGUGCUAUAUCUAUACUGUUAUUUACUCGUCGUGCAUUUUCCAAUAAUCACUAAAGACAUGGCUGAUAACGACGAUCUUCUCGACUAUGAAGAUGAAGAGCAGGCAGAUCAACAGAACGUUGACGGAGCGACCGAAGCGGCGCCAAAAAAGGAGGUUAAGGGUUCCUACGUAUCGAUUCACAGCUCUGGCUUUAGGGACUUUCUCCUUAAGCCUGAGAUUCUACGAGCCAUAGUGGACUGUGGUUUCGAACAUCCAUCAGAAGUUCAACAUGAAUGUAUUCCUCAAGCGGUACUGGGUAUGGAUAUCUUAUGCCAAGCUAAGUCCGGUAUGGGCAAAACCGCGGUGUUUGUACUAGCCACGUUACAGCAACUAGAGCCUUCGGAUAAUCAUGUUUAUGUUCUUGUCAUGUGCCACACCCGAGAAUUAGCUUUUCAAAUCAGCAAAGAGUAUGAACGCUUUUCUAAGUACAUGGCCGGCGUCCGUGUGUCAGUUUUCUUUGGCGGCAUGCCGAUUCAAAAAGAUGAGGAUGUUUUAAAAACUGCAUGCCCUCAUAUCGUCGUUGGGACACCAGGACGUAUUUUAGCCCUCGUUAACAAUAAGAAAUUAAACUUGAAACAUCUAAAACAUUUCAUACUUGAUGAAUGCGACAAGAUGUUGGAAUCUCUGGAUAUGAGAAGAGAUGUGCAAGAAAUAUUCCGAAACACUCCUCAUGGGAAACAAGUGAUGAUGUUUUCUGCCACUUUGAGUAAAGAUAUCAGACCCGUAUGUAAGAAAUUCAUGCAGGACCCCAUGGAAGUGUAUGUUGAUGAUGAAGCAAAACUUACUCUGCAUGGACUUCAGCAGCACUAUGUGAAACUUAAAGAAAAUGAGAAGAAUAAGAAGUUAUUUGAACUCUUAGAUGUGUUGGAAUUCAACCAAGUAGUUAUAUUUGUAAAAUCGGUUCAAAGAUGCAUAGCUCUAGCACAACUUUUGACGGACCAAAACUUCCCUGCCAUUGGAAUUCAUAGAAACAUGACACAAGACGAGCGUCUUUCCCGUUACCAACAGUUCAAAGAUUUCCAAAAGAGAAUAUUGGUAGCAACCAAUCUGUUUGGAAGAGGGAUGGAUAUUGAAAGAGUUAAUAUAGUAUUUAAUUAUGACAUGCCUGAAGACUCUGAUACCUACCUCCAUAGAGUGGCCCGAGCAGGAAGAUUCGGUACCAAAGGUCUAGCCAUAACAAUGGUAUCGGAUGAAAAUGAUGCAAAAAUCCUGAACGAAGUCCAGGACCGUUUUGAUGUCAACAUAACAGAGCUACCUGAUGAGAUUGAGCUAUCCACUUACAUAGAGGGACGAUAAAAUGACAAAUCAUUCCUUUUACUAUUUGACUAAUAUUAUCACUUAGAUUGCUACCCAUCACCUUGAUUGUAAUUUGAUGUUUGUCGGCUACAUUAUUAGUAGAUUGUUUAUAGUAACUAAGUGACAGGAAUUUUAUGUCAAAUAAAUAAACAACAUUAGACCUAAGAUUUGAUUAAAGCUCUUUUGGUAUUGUGUAA